CCGACCCGACUCAAAGAAAGCAUCGCUCUAAUUUUUAAACCUUUACUUAAAACACACCCAAAAUUUUAUCAAAAAAUCUACAUUUGGAGUUAUCUUUAUAAUCAGGCCAAUGCAGAGGUCAAAACAAACUUUAAACGAAGAAAACUCGACUAAAUCUGUUAGAAAGCAUUGUGUAGUUACUAAUGGAUCAACUAUUCCUGACGGGGGAUAUGGCUGGAUCGUAUGUUGUGCAGGAUUUGUUGUACAAUUCGUAAUYCUUGGAAUUCACAAUUCCUUUGGAAUAUUAUUCACGCAUUUAAUGAUGGAACUAAAGUCAGAAGCUUCGGACACAGCAUGGAUCGGCUCCAUCGCGUUUGGUAUGAACUUUCUUUGCGGUCCCCUGAUCAGCGGUCUUGCCCUUCGCUACAGCUGUCGUUUAGUUGGAGCAGUAGGCGGAGUCAUAUCAGCCCUGGGACUUCUAUUGACGUCAUUCUCGAACAGCAUUUACGUCAUCUAUGUGACGUAUAGUCUUAUAUGGGGACUGGGCUCUAGUAUGAACUAUGGACCGACAAUGAUGAUCCUAAGUCAAUACUUUCACAGACAUUUAUCAACAGCCAAUGGGAUCGUCACAGCAGGCAGCGGUCUAGGAACCCUUGCCAUUGGUCCGUUAUACCAACUUAUAAUCACAAGAUACGGAUGGAGAGUGUUACUGCGGAUUCUAAGUGGCUCGACAGUACUCUUAUUUAUAUCCUCUCUUCUUUAUCGCCCUGCGACGUCACCCCACAAGGAAAUACCCAAAGAACACGACGAACCGAGAAAGUUUAUAGACUUGAGCGUGUGGAAGGAUAAAGCGUUUGUUUUCUGGGUCGUGUCUAUGUCGUUCUUGUUUGUAGGAUAUUUCGUUCCUUUCAUUCAUUUGCCAAAUCAUGCAAUCAACCUGAACAUCGAGCCGAACCUUGCCGCGUUACUCAUCGGAUACUUAUCGAUUUCGUCGACARUCUCCCGAGUUUUGUUCGGGAUUUUUCUUAAUCACCCGAGAAUAAAUCGAUUCUAUGUUUUGCAGAUUUGUUUUCUCAUGAUGGCGGUUACCACAACCUUGUGUCCGCUGGCCAAGACRUACGAGGGGCUCAUCCUGUACGUCGUGGCCUUUGGAUCCUUCGACGGCUGUUUCGUUCUUCUUAUUGCUGUGUCAACCGCUGACAUCGUGGGCCCAACAAAAGUAGUUCAAGCUUUGGGAAACCUGUAUGGGAUUAUUGCAAUUCCAAUGAUAUUUGGACCCCCUCUAGCAGGUAUAAUCUUUGAAAUGUCAGGGUCAUACGAGAACGCAUUCUUCGUAGCCGGCGGUGCUAUGGCAACCGGCACGUGCACACUGUUCUUCAUACCCAUGUGCAUAAAUCCACCUGAGCCCGUGGAAAUUCAACCCAGCGGUCUAUGCCAAUCAUCUGCAUCUUCUUCAUCMACUGACUUCGAAAGUAAGAACCAAYCAAGUGACGCAUGCGCAGAWGUAAUUCCUAAACCUUCGGAURYCGAACGAUCUAUUUUGAGAUACGAAACUAAACGUUUUUCUCAAAAUGAAAGCACGUGGACACUUUCUGAUUACGUGAUUGGUAGAUUUGGUGACGUGUUUGGAUUGGAAGCCAUCGUUGAAUCAAUGGAUAGAGAGUCGUUCGUAUAGAAGACUAGUAACGAGUGAUGAUUGCCUGCAGAAGACUGGUAAUGAUGUUCAAAACUGGUAAUAAUUUAUGGUCGUAUAAGACUGGUAACGAGCUGCGGCCGUAAAAAACUGGUAACCAGUAGAUCAGAUCGAAUAUCUGUCAUUGCACUGGCCCAAAUCUUUGUCGAAAAACCCGAGACGACAUUUUCCGAAAUAUGACGUUUUAGGAACCGAAUCAAAUUUGUUAUAAUUUUAGAAAACAAAAAGGACUGGGCAUUAGUUUAUUAAUGAAACGCUUAGGGACUGGUAACUACARACCAAAAGUUGGAUUCCGAUUCUGAGAUGUGAAGAUCGCUGUCAAAAGUAUCGCGGGCGGGCAUGAGAGUGAGGCAAUUUUGAAAAAGGAUUUGUUUGUUUACAUUUUUGACCAAUAUUGCCUCGUAUUUGUGCCUGCCCGCGAUASUUUGUAGACAGCUGAUUGCUCAAAUAUAUGCAUGCGCACUACGGAUAAACUGCAUGGCUUUGGCUAACUUGUUUCUAACAAAGAUAAUGCUAGAUUCCAAGGGAAAAAUGGUACUUUUCACAACUAUGAGUGUAAAUUUUUCCCAUUUGAGACCUUUUGCGCCCUUGGCAAUGGUCUCUUUGUUUGCUAAGAACGCUCGCGCAGGAACAUGGAUCAAGUUAGGGCUACGUUGCAUGGGGUUUUCCAUAGGGGGAGAGGGUUCGGAGAAUGGCUGAUGGGUGUAUUGUCAAUAUAGGAAUGAGGUCUUUGCCGCGGACGUCGAGCGCUUAAUACACGAGAUUUGGGCAACCA